AUGGAUGAUGCCAGCGUGGUGUGCAGGGAGCUCCAGUGCGGAGUCGCUGAGAAAGCUUAUAACCCCCCUAAGUCUGAGCGAGGAACGGGCCCUGUGGGGCUGAGAAGGGUCCAGUGUGCAGGAAAUGAGACUCGUCUGACUCUCUGUGACAACUCCAUGUCCGAGACAGCCCAGGCAGGAAUUGCUGAGGACGUCGGUGUCGUUUGUUCAGGGAGCAGGCGGAUCAGACUGGUGAAUGGGGCAGGUCGCUGUGCCGGGAGAGUGGAGAUUUAUUACCAUGGCAGCUGGGGGACAGUCUGUGAUGAUUUCUGGGAUCUGUCAGACUCCAAUGUCGUCUGCAAACAACUGGGAUGUGGACACGCCAUCAAUGCAACUGUCUCUGCUCAUUAUGGGGAAGGAUCUGGGCAGAUCUGGCUGGAUGAUGUGAACUGCUCUGGGAAUGAAUCCGAUCUCUGGGCGUGUCCUUCCAGGGGCUGGGGCCAGCACAACUGCAGACACAAAGAGGAUGCGGGAGUUCUCUGCUCAGAAUUCACAGAUCUGAGGCUGGUGAGCGACAGUGACUGUGCUGGGCGGCUGGAGGUUUUCUACAAUGGGACGUGGGGCAGUGUUUGCUACAAUGGGAUGCCUGCAGUCACCGCAACAAUUGUCUGCAAGCAGUUGAAUUGUGGGGACAGAGGGCAGCUUGCAGGAGACUUUGCAUAUGGAGAAGGUUCUGGUCCCACGUGGCUGGACCUUGUUGCAUGCAGUGAGCAGCACAGCUCCAUCUGGCAGUGCCCAUCAGACAUGUGGAAACAGCAGUCUUGUAAUAACCGCGCAGAAGAGACCCAUAUUUCUUGCAGUGGAAAAAAAGAGAAACCACCUCAGACCCUGUUUGCCGAAUGCCCGAACUCUACAAGCUGCACAGACCAGGAGAAGUUACGUGUCGUGGGAGGAGAGGACAGAUGCUCGGGGAGAGUGGAGGUUUGGUACCGUGGCUCCUGGGGAACAGUUUGUGAUGACUCCUGGGACAUGGCAGAUGCCAAAGUUGUGUGUAAACAACUGGGCUGUGGAUCUGCUGUACCAGUCCUAGGCGAGGCUGCAUUCGGUGAGGGGACUGGUCCCAUCUGGGUAGAAUUGUUGAAUUGCAGAGGGACAGAGUCAUCUCUCUGGGACUGUCCUGCCAAACCCUGGGGUGAGAGCAACUGUGACCAUAAGGAAGAUGUUGGAGUGAAUUGCUCAGGUGUGACAGAGACGACAGCAUCACUGAGUAGAACAGCUCCCCCGCGCCGUCCUCUGACUGACAGUGGGAGAGUCACGAUGCCCGUGGUCAUCUGCAUUAUCCUGGGGGCCCUGCUCUGCCUGGUCUUAAUCAUCCUGGGUGCUCAGGUGCAAAGUGCUAGGGCACAGCAUAGAGGCUCCAGAAGAUCCUUGGACCCUUUAUCUGAGGCCGUGUACGAGGAGAUUGAUUAUAACCUGAUGAGAAAGAAGCAGGAGAUGUUUGAUGGCUCAGUUUCCUAUUCAGAUGACUCAGUGACGAAGCUGCAGUAUUACACGGGGGACAGCGAGGGGGAAAACGAUCGUGGGUCAGAACAAGACUCUGUGAUGAACAGCCCAAACUCCAAGACAACAGGCUUUUAA